AUGCGGGAUUGUUGGCAAUAUCACCUGUCCGUAAACCUCCUGGCGGGUGGAAAACUGAGGCGUUACCUGCUUUUUACCUUUACCUGCUUUCUGAAGAUUUUUCUCCCGUCUCUCCGGCUAGAGCUCCACACCCUCUGGCAGAACGAAGAGCGGGCCGCCAUCUCCUCCAGCAAGCUGAACGAAAUCUGGCACCGCCGGCAUGACUACUGGCUGCUGGCAGGCAUCGUCCUACACGGCUACGCUCGCUGGCAGGACAUUCAGAACGACAACCAGUUUGCCAUCAUCAACGAGCCCUUCAAGAGUGAAGCCAACAAGGGGAACUUCUUGGAGAUGAAGAACAAGUUCCUGGCCAGAAGGUUCAAGCUCCUGGAACAGGCCUUGGUGAUCGAAGAGCAGCUCCGCCGGGCCGCCUACCUGAACAUGACGCAGGACCCCAGCCACCCGGCCAUGGCCCUCAACACCCGCUUUGCCGAGGUGGAGUGCCUGGCCGAGAGCCACCAGCAUUUGUCCAAGGAGUCUCUGGCCGGCAACAAGCCCGCCAACGCCGUCCUGCACAAGGGUAAGAGGCGGGCAGGUAGGCGGGCGCGGCGAGGACGGUCCACGUGA